AUGAUCGAGACGUUGGCUGAGAAGGCUGAAGCCUUGGCACAGGAGUGCCUUCGGCAGUGCAAUGCCAACAUCGAAGAGAGGGCAGAUGCCAUUUUGGAAGAGUGGGACUCCACGCACAAGCGGAUUCUCGCCAGCCCGGACUCGGAGAAAGACAUGGCGGAGCUCCGUGAGUUCAUGGAGGUUGUCCAGAAGAAAGUGGUGAAGCCCUUGAUGGAGCGCACCCGAGUGGUGCACCAGCAGAUGAACAUGGUCGAGGACUUUGGCCACGACGUGGGUGGCGAAGUUGUGGAAAAAGCCUUCCGCUCGUUCGAGUGGCCUUUGCAGAUCAACAUGGAUGUGAUGGAGGCCGACCGCCAAUUGAACAAAGACAAGAUCGCCUUUAUGGAGCAGCUCCAACGCGAAGUGGAGGAGUACCAGAAGGACUUCCAGAACUACUCUGCUGAAUUGGAAUGGGUCAAGAGCCUGGACUCCUACGCCGUGGCCGGCCAAGUAGCGCAGAAAAUCUUCUCGCUUCAGGACAAUCUCGUCAGAGCAACAGAGAGGGUCAAGUCGUUCUCUGACCGGGAGAAGCUCUUUCAGAUCGAUCAACGAGACUAUUCUGAUCUUGAAGUUCUCCAGGAUGAGUUCAAGCCCUACUUCGACCUCUGGUCCAUGGCCAUCGACUACAAUGGGUGUGAGGAGGAAUGGCUCAGCGGCAAGCUUGCAAACUUGACAGCCAACGAAGUGGAACAGACCGUCGACGACAACUUCAAGGACUCUUACAAGGCCUUCAAGUCCUUCGAGGGGUCGCCGAAUCCACAAAAGGUGGCUCAGGAGCUCAGAACCGCAGUGCAGGCCUUCAAGAAGAACAUGCCCAUCAUCCAGGGGCUCUGUCAGCCGGCGAUCAAGACCUCGCACCUCCUUCAGCUCUUCGAGGAUAUGGAUGUUGACAUCGAUAUGGAGGAUGGCCUCACGCUGACAAUGUGCUUGGAGGCAGGUAUGCUCAACCACAUCGACAAGGUGGAAGCCAUCAGUACGUCGGCUCAAAAGCAGCAUGGGUUGAAGGUAGCCCUCCAGACCAUGAAGAACGAAUGGAAGUCGAUGGCGUUUGGAACCCUGCCCUACAAGAACACGGGCACAUUUCUUCUCAAAGGAGCUGAUGAUGUGCAGGCUCUCCUGGACGAUCACAUCAUCAAGACCCAGGCCGUUCGAGGCUCGCCUUUCGUCAAGCCCAUCGAGAAGGAGGUCAAGGACUGGGAAGCCAAGCUCAUCUACAUCCAGGAUUUGCUGGAACAGUGGCUGAUGGUUCAGAGGACAUGGCUCUACUUGGAGCCAAUCUUCAGCUCUGAAGACAUCGUCAGACAAAUGCCCGGGGAAGCCAAGAAGUUCCAAAACGUGGACAAGCUCUGGCGUGACACCAUGGCUGCAGUGGAUGAGAAUCCGACGGUCUUGGAUGUGACGGAGAUUGAGAACUUGCUGGUCAACUUUACGGAUGCAAACAAGAAGCUCGACCAAAUCCAGAAGUGCUUGAACGACUACUUGGAGACGAAGCGACUGGCCUUCCCUCGAUUCUUCUUCUUGUCUAACGACGAGCUGUUGAUGAUCCUGUCCCAGACCAAGGACCCGACGGCCGUGCAGCCCCACAUGGGCAAGUGCUUCGAGGGCAUCAACAAAGUUCGCUUCGAUGGCAAUUCUGAAAUCAUCGAAGCGAUGCUGUCCGUGGAGGGUGAAGUGGUGGAGCUCAUCAGCCAGGUCAACGUCAACGAGGGCGAGAAAAAGGGCAACGUGGAGCGCUGGCUUCUCGAAGUGCAGGAAUCCAUGAUCAAGACCUUGACCAAGAUCAUGGGGGACUCCGUCCGUUCCUACGCAGAGACGCAGCGGGGCAAGUGGGUGCUUUCCUGGCCAGGGCAGGUUGUCAUCGCGGUCGACAACAUUUACUGGACGCAAGAAGUGGCGGAAGCAAUCGAGAAGGGGAAUUUGGACAGCUAUUACCAGGCUAGCUGA